UUGCUUCACCAUGGCAACCAAUAUGGAGGUGCUGGCUCAGCAGAUAGUGGAGACACAGCAGGUGGCUGAGGUACAGACUGUUCAGACAUCAUUAUCUGAAUCUCCAGUGAUGACCAGCCCCUCUCAACGCAUCCAAAUUAUUUCUACAGACUCUUCUGUAGCUUCACCACAGCGCAUUCAGAUUGUGACAGAUCAGCAAACAGGACAGAAAAUCCAGAUAGUUACAGCAGUGGACUCAUCAGUGUCUCCGAAGCAACAGUUUAUCUUGGCCAGUCCAGAUGGAACUGGAACAGGAAAGGUGAUAUUGGCAGCACCUGAAACAUCUAAUGCCAAGCAACUUAUCUUUACCACCACUGACAACAUUGUACCAGGCAGAAUUCAGAUUGUGACAGACUCUGCUUCAGUGGAACGUUUGUUGGGUAAAGCUGAUGUCCAGCGACCACAAGUAGUAGAAUAUUGUGUUGUUUGUGGAGAUAAAGCGUCAGGUCGUCACUAUGGCGCUGUCAGUUGCGAGGGAUGCAAAGGUUUCUUUAAAAGGAGUGUAAGGAAGAAUUUGACCUACAGUUGUCGUAGCAACCAGGACUGUAUCAUCAAUAAACACCAUCGGAAUCGUUGCCAGUUUUGUAGGCUUAAGAAAUGCCUAGAGAUGGGCAUGAAAAUGGAAUCGGUUCAGAGUGAAAGAAAGCCUUUUGAUGUGCAACGGGAGAAACCAACCAACUGUGCAGCUUCAACUGAAAAAAUCUAUAUCAGGAAAGACCUAAGAAGCCCUCUCAUAGCAACUCCAACAUUUGUAGCAGAUAAAGAUGGCGCCCGGUCAACGGGUCUUCUUGAUCCAGGAAUGCUUGUGAAUAUUCAGCAGCCAUUGAUACGGGAUGAUGGUACAGUCCUGCUAGCUACAGACUCCAAGGCUGAGACAAGUCAGGGUGCUUUAGGAACACUGGCAAAUGUUGUAACAUCCCUUGCCAGCCUCACUGAGUCACUUAAUAAUGGAGAUACUUCUGAAAUCCAACAAGAGGAUCAAUCUGCAAGUGAGAUCACUCGUGCAUUUGAUACUUUGGCUAAAGCACUUAAUACCACAGAUGGCACAGUAGCUCAGAACUUGGCAGAUGGGAUGGAUCCUACAGGAGGAGGGAAUAUUCAUGUAAUCAGCAGAGAUCAGUCAACACCAAUAAUUGAAGUGGAAGGACCCCUACUUACAGAUACACAUGUCACAUUUAAGCUAACAAUGCCUAGUCCAAUGCCAGAGUACCUUAAUGUACAUUACAUCUGUGAGUCAGCAUCACGACUGCUUUUCCUCUCAAUGCACUGGGCUAGAUCCAUCCCUGCUUUCCAAGCACUUGGACAGGACUGUAACACAAGCCUAGUUCGUGCCUGCUGGAAUGAGCUGUUUACCUUAGGCCUAGCACAAUGUGCACAGGUGAUGAGUCUAUCUACUAUCCUAGCAGCUAUCGUCAACCACCUGCAGAACAGCAUACAGGAAGAUAAGCUUUCCGGAGACAGAAUAAAGCAAGUCAUGGAACACAUCUGGAAACUUCAGGAAUUCUGUAACAGCAUGGCCAAGCUUGAUAUUGAUGGAUAUGAAUAUGCAUACCUUAAAGCUAUAGUCCUCUUUAGCCCUGAUCACCCUGGUCUGACGAGUUCAAGCCAAAUAGAAAAAUUCCAAGAGAAGGCACAGAUGGAAUUGCAAGACUAUGUCCAAAAAACCUAUCCAGAAGAUACUUAUAGGUUAGCCCGGAUUCUAGUUCGCCUACCAGCACUUAGACUGAUGAGCUCUAGUAUUACAGAGGAACUUUUUUUUACUGGCCUCAUAGGAAAUGUUCCGAUUGACAGCAUAAUCCCAUACAUCCUCAAAAUGGAAACAGCAGAGUAUAAUGGUCAAAUAACUGGCACGUCUGCAUAGUCGGAACAAUGCAUCUUGAUGGAUCAAAGUAAUUUUAGUAAAACAAGUAACUACACAAUUAAGAGAAAUAAGUUUUUUUUUUAAAAAUGACAUUUUGGUAUGUACAAAUAUUUCCAACAUGUUACCAGUUUCCUACCAGACUGCUCCUUGUCUAUUUAUUUCCAGUGACA